AUUUACCGGAGGUCUUACCUCAUGGCCUUACCAGUUUGUAAUGUUACCGUUACCUUUUCUAAGUGUUGUGCAGUUUGCAGUUAUACUUGAGUCUCUAUAAUGUUUAGUCGAACGUCAUGAACUGUUCGCAAGGUGCAGCUCUAUUUAGGUGAAGUGGAAUUUAAACUUGAAGUGUUAGUUACAUCACUCUCACCAUGGAUCGAAUGGACCAUCACCGAAUGAAAUCAUCCAGAAACAGACCCUCUCAUGGCUCUUCCCUGGAAAAGAUAAUGGAUAAGCGGAGAAAGGAGAGGGAAGAAAUCAAUCUAAUCGGUGUCCCUCAGGUUUGGGGUAAAUCACCCCUACGCACAGUAGAAUCAGACGAUGAAGUUAAACCUGAAGAUAGUCUGAAAAGGAAACAUUCAGAGUUAGAUAAUAGGAAAAAGAAGAAGAGUAAAUCCACCAAGCAUAAAAAGGAAAAAUCAAAAGGAAAGGAAAAGAAAAAGAGUAGUCACAAGAAAAAACGCAAGCAUAAACAGAAGAAGAAAAAAGCCAAAUCAUCGUCGUCAGAUUCUAGUUCAGAUGAUUCAAGUAAUGAAGAAGAAGAAGAAGAAUGGGUUGAGAAGCAAGUCGGUGGAUCAGAAAGCGACAAUGAAAUUGUUGGACCUCAACAGAAAGCAACUGUCACACUCUCAGCCAGAGACUUUGGUAAAGCUCUUCUUCCUGGUGAAGGAGCUGCCAUGGCAGCGUACGUCGCAGAAGGCAAGAGAAUUCCCAGGAGAGGAGAAAUCGGUCUCACAUCUGACCAGAUAGAGACAUACGAAAAAGUUGGUUACGUCAUGAGUGGAAGCAGGCAUCGUCGUAUGGAAGCUGUGCGUAUCCGUAAAGAAAAUCAAAUUUAUAGUGCUGAUGAGAAGCGAGCUCUUGCGAUGUUCAGCAAAGAAGAGCGGCAGAAGAGAGAAAAUUUAAUUUUGACUCAAUUCAGAGAUAUGGUAAGCAGCAAACUGUCAGAGAACAAAUGAACAUUCUGACAUGGUCCUCAUCUUCUCUGAAUUCAGCUUUUUGAGUCUCUAAGAGGUCGAUUCAAUAUGUCUCCUAAAGUAGGAUUAUACAGAUCAGGGAAAACUGGGAAAGCCUGAAAUCUUAGAAGACUGCAAAAGGCAGAAAAUUUUGAGAGUCAGAAAAUUUUACAAUUUUUAAUUUUGUAAUGGAAGCUAGACGAAGUUAGUGUAGGUGGCCGAUUUAUGACCCGCCCGUACACUACUUGGGAGGGGGAUUUUAUCCCUCUCCCCGGAUAUGACGCUUGGGUAAGAAUGUUAUGCUCUGUGUUGAGAAGCAAGCUCUUGCGAUGUUCAGCAAAGGAGAGCGGCAGACGAGAGAAAAUUUAAUUUUGACUCAAUUCAGAGAUAUGGUCAGCAGCAAACUGUCAGAGAACAAAUGAACAUUCUGACAUGAUCCUCAUCUUCUCUGAAUUCAGCUUUUUGAGUCUCUAAGAGGUUGAUUCAAUAAGUCUCCUAAAGUAGGAUUAUACAGAUCAGGGAAAACUGGGAAAGCCUGAAAUCUUAGAAGGCUGCAUAAGGCAGAAAAUUUUGAUAGGGUCAGGAAAUUUUACAAUUUUUAGUUUUGUAAUGGAAGCUAGACGAAGUUAAGGUAGGUGGCCGAUUUAUGACUCGCCCGUCGAGUACACUAGUUGGGAGGGGGAUUUUAUCCCUCUCCCCGGAUAUGAUGCUUGGGUAAGAAUGUUAUGCUCUGUGUACUAGAAAAACCACUUAUAGCCGUUAAAAAAAAUUUAUCGACCAAGCAAUUGAUAUUUCUCUAACCGGCCGUUCAUAAACGAUUCAUUACCAUAGCUCUCAUACAAAUUUUUUCGGUAUUGGAUUGUUCAUGCUCCCCCCCCUCCCCCCUUCCCCCUCCCUCACCCUUCAUAGGUUAUUGGUGUGGUUGAUUUCAAGUUUGCAAUAUAGCAUUUUGUGGUUGGCUGUACUGCCAGAACAAAGAAACUGAAUCUUCUCCUAUUUACAUUGUUUUAAACAGCUCCCUGAUUUUGAACAGUGAGUAAGAUUUAUGAUCCGUGUGCUGUCAAAGCUACUGUAGUUACAAACUCUAAAAUUACCUGCAAUCCUCAGAAUUUAUAAUAGGUCAAUAUGUUGAUUGUCAUUGAAAUUUUUCACCAAAAUGUGGCUCUGUUGAUUUAGAAUGUGAGAGAAAAAAGUGUGCAGCCUAGAAAAAAAGAAGUGUCUCGACUGUUGUUGACUGCAGUAUGCCUGGCAAAAUGUCACAUCAAGACAUUGAACUAAAACAGUUUUUACUAGUGACUGGCUGUACUUUGUAGUUAAAAGAUAUUGUCUUCGCAGGAGUUUUUUUUUUUUUUUCAAGUUCAAAAUUGAUUGACACCAUUUAAUCCUUAAUUUCAUUAAAUUUUUAAUUGAAAACUGUGUACUAAAUUUUAUUUUGGGAUAAAAAAGGGUUGUAAUCUCACACUUUACUCCAAGAGGGAACUGCGUGUAAUGAACAUAAUUUGGCCUCAGACUUUCUGAAAAGUCUUGCAGAAAUGCGAGCAAGAGACGAGACCGUCAGAAAAAAAUAAACAAAUAAAAUUAAACAAAACCAACAGACAUAUUUAGUUGCAACUAAUAUUAAGUAAAAAUAUUAGCUUGAUUCAGAAAAUUUAUGAAUUUCUAGUACAUAAUUUUUCCGCAGCAAAUUUUUUCAAAUCCUCAAAUCAAUUCCAAGAUUAAGCAACUUAAAAGUCUUUGAACAAUAGCCUUGCCAUAUCAAAUGUUUAAUCAUAGAAAAAAUACAAUUAGACCUUGAGUUCAUCUUAUCCAAGAAAUUGCUUGAUUCCUUCAUCAGUUGAUUAUAAUCUCUCUGACUUUUAGUCAAAGAAAAACUGACUUCUCAAAAUGAUAUCUAAUCAUAAUUCUUGUCUCUUUUAUUUUUAUGUGGGAAAUAAUUAUAUAUACUUAUCUUUCUGAUGAAAUUAUUGCUCUUCUUACGCAAGGGCCAAUCUCUGCCUCCUUGCAAGUUCCAUGGCAAAGAGGCAGAGAGGUUGUCAUGGCAAAGAGGGUUAAUGUAGAAAUGGAGAUACACCUUCACAUUAGAGGGACCUUUAACGCAUCCUCUUACGUCUGCAAAAGUAGGUAAUUACUGUUUUGUACAUUUUAACAGCUGAAAAAUCCUACAAGAUGUUCCUAAUUGAAACUAAUGGUUGAAAACCUCUUUUUUUUUUUUUUGUUCAUUUUGCAUAAUUAUAUGAGGUUUCCGUACUAGUCAUUUCCAAAAGGUUGUUCUUUCUAUUAUCAUCUUGAACUGUAAAUUUUGUGAGUAUGUUGUAAAUAAACUGUUUUAUCCAGUUA